UCGUUACGCGGAUCGCGUGUAAAUGGAACGCACCUAACGUCUGUUUGUAAAUGUUAUCGUUGUGUGUUGGAACUGUCAACUAGGGCUGCGACACUUUUUGAAAAGACGCGUUUAUUGUUUAUUUUGUUUUACAUGUGUAAAAACAACAGAAUGUUUGAGAAGUAGUUAUAAAACCGUGAACCAAUUAGAUUGUUGCUAGAAAUGGAUUCUACUGUUCAGCAGUGUAUCGUUUAUGAAGCUGAUUCAUGGAAUUCUUUGUCUGAAGCAAUUGAAAAGAUACUGCAAAAUAAACCGAUUGGUUGGGUAUCAUUUGAGCAGAUGUACGCCAUUGUAUAUAAAUGUGUAUGUAGUGGAUCUGCAGAGAAGAUGCAUGGUGAUCUCCUAGAGCUCUGUUCUAAACAUUUAGAUGAAGUGGAACAAACCUUAAGGGAGAAGAAGACCGCUCAUUAUCAAAAUCAUGAUGAUGACUCUGUGAGCUUUGUUCUCUCGUUUCGUGAUGCAUUAGAACUGUACCUGAAUGCUGUUCCCCAGAUAACACCUAUAUUUGGAUUCAUGAAUAAGUUCUUCGUUGAAAUGAGACUCCAAACUACAUUGCAGAAUGAAUUGCUGGACCUUUUCAGAGUGCGAGUAGCCAACAAACAUAUAGAUACUCUAAUGAGCAGUGUACGAGAUCUGUUAUCAAGGCCAUUUGCAGUGGAUCCUUCUGUACUAUUAGGACUGUUUGUACGGCUGCAUUCUUUGGGCCAUGGUGAUUAUGCACUGGCUUAUCCAGAUCUCUUUGCUCGAUACAUUCCUUGUGUGCUACCACCAAUGCAAGAAAGUGAUCUGGAAAGGCAUGUAACUGAAACAAAAGUUAUGCAGGAUCAGAUGCGUGUAGUACAACUCUCAGAAUCAGCUACUACCAUGCGGGGCUGUAAGCGUCGUGGGGAUGAUGAAAGUUAUGGUCCAUCUGCUGGUGUAGGUGCUACAGCAGUACAGGCUGGAACACCACAGCUCUACAACUAGUUGAAUCUAUCAACAUGAGAACAGUGAGCAAUUGCAUCUAUCUUCCAUUUUCCUACAUGUUACCAGCAGCACAAGAAGUGAGGAUGAGGAAUGAGCAGUUUCUCUCCUGAACAACAGUGUCUGUUCCAGAUUGUAAAGAAAAGUCUGAGAGGAAACUGAACCCAGAGGGAGUGACAGAGAAGAGAGGUGUGUGUGUGUGUGUGUGUGUGUGUGUUUUACUGUUGUGUUCGUUUGGUAUUGUAUGCACAUGAAUAAUAUUCUUAAUUGACAACAUUUUUGUUAAGUAACUCGCAUAAAAAAUUGUGAAUGAUGAAAAAUGAUAAUGUGAAAGUUGUCUUCAUUUAUUAUACAAAGAUUGUAUUAAUGUACACAUCGGACUGGAAACAAUCAUUGUUGAAAUUAAGUUUGAAAUGAAUUUAAAAUUAGCCCUGUUUUUUUAAAUGUACGUUGAUUGAGCGAGUGAUGCACUGACUUGUAUAACAGAUGAAGACAUCUUUUUAAUGACCAUUUUCAAUUCUUAAAAAGUGCACUCGGUGUUAUUCUCUGUUUUGUUUUUAUUGACAUAAUUGUAUUUUCAGUUCACAGUAAAAUAUUUAUCUCCAUGUCACCAAAAUAAAUGAAAAGUUAUAUAAUUUCAUUGUGUGUAUAUAUUCCUUGAUAUGAACUCCUUGGCUGUGGCUUACAUACGCUGUAAAUAUGCAGAUUAUGCGGAAGUAAAGUGCUUUCAGUAAUGGUGCACUGAGGUUCUCAAAAUCAGAACUUCAGUAACUGAAAUAAGCCUUUUGUGUGUGAUUUCAUUUUAUGACAUAUUUUGUAGUAGAAGCAGGUCACAAGAAACUAACAUACUACAUACUGUAAUUAUAUUUGUACAGAGUUCUUAACCAAAAUAUUUGUGCAUAAUAUACCUUCAUAAAUACAUAAUUUUUGCUGUAUUAUAUGACAUUUAUUUUACAUGGAUUUUUAUUGUAGAGAUUUAUUUUUUUAUUGAUAACUACCGUGCUUAGGAUGCAUGACUACCAUUGUAUUGUAGAACAUUCCUGUGUGAAACAAUAUCAGAUAAGUACAUGUAUUUUCUUGCUUUAAAAUUUACCCUUGUUGUUUUGUCGUUUUUUGUACGUGUAUUGAUAAGUGUAUGAAUCUGUGGUAUACAGCAGAAUCAGAAAUACAUGUUUACUUAUUUAUGUGAAUUA